UUGUCUCAAAAAGAAAAGCUAGUAGACCCAAAGCCCCGGAGAGCUAGACUGGUCCUAGAUUACGGCGGCGGCGGCGGGAUGGCGUCAGAAGAGGAGGAGUUCCUUUUCGGCUUUUACACAGAAGAUGAGGAGGAUCCUGCUGCUGCGGAGGCGAAGGAGCAGCGGGCGAAGAGGAGAGCGGAGGGCGAGUGGGGGAAAGAGAAGGUCAUGGCGAAGUACAAGGAGCAGCAGAUGGAGCUUCAGCUCAAGUAUCUCGAGAGCCUCAAAAGCUCCGAGUAUCCAAUUCGCGUCGACAGGAAAACUACCAAGUCGCCGAUGCGGAACCUGCACAAUGGAAUCGGUGGACCGGAGCUCUAUACUUCCUUGAACGUGCUCGCCGUCAAGUUGAUCAAGUGCUCGGUUCAGUUCCCAAUCGACGUUUAUGGCCACGUUUCGGUCAGGGACGAUAUUGAUGCCAAGCGUGUGUUCAUCUUCCGUCGUGUUCGUGACAACUGCCAGAAGAUUAACGACGCCCAGGGUGCAUUCUUGUCCCUAACCGGUCCGUCUCGAGGAAUCGUUUUGCACAGUGUCCUUCACAUUGAGGUUGACUUGAAGAUUAGGAGUUUGGAUCCAGAAAGUGACGUUGAGAUCGCCAAUUGUUGCCUAGAGGACAAGGUAGCCACCUCUUACUCCAAAGUGAUUAGAAGCAGGGUUGCCGGCCCAUUGUGCUCAGUCGACUUGACAUACGCACCUGUCCAUGAAGCAGUGGAAGCCACCUUUAAGUUUACUCUUAGUCAGAUCAAGGCAAGCAUAAAAAGGCCAAACGGAUCUGUUGCUCGGCAGUGGCAACCCUUCAACAAGGACAACAAGGAACACUGCGAAAUCCUUGGCAAGAUCACCGUCGGCAUUUCUGGAAUUGCUGAGGGUGUCCUCCUCUAUGAUGGCAGUAGUUCGGUUGGUGAAGGUGGGCUUAUUAGAUUGCAGCGUCGGGUUGUGGCUGCGCCCAUGUGGCUUCCUCUAUAUAUCAACACAGUUUCUCGUGAUGGUAAGAAUACUACCACCAGUGUUUGCCCCACAAACUGUGGGUGCCAGACCUUCAUUGUGACAGCCGGUUCCUAUGAACUAAAGGGCGCCAUUGUCUGGUCUUCGCUCUACUCUUCCAAGGCGGAUGACGUGCAUAUGGGUAUCCGGCCUGUAAAGCUCUCCAGCCAGCUUUGACUGUGUGGUGAUGAGUAACUUAGGUUGAUGGCAUAUCUGAAGUCUUUAUGUACCCCUAGAUUGUACUAGUUCCAUACUGUAUCUGCUAAUGUAUGAUCAGACUUGUAGCACCCGGUACCUUAAUUAUGGGGAAAGAAGCAUUAGUCUUGUGUUACUUGGUGAGCACAAAAGCUUGGAUUUGGUGGAUCAAUCCUAGCGGCACAUGGUAGCAUUGUAAUCAAUCAAGAAAU